CCCGGCGGCGGGGCCGGCCCCAUCUGCAAGAUCUGCUUCCAGGGCCCCGAGCAGGGUGAAUUGUUAAACCCUUGCCGCUGCGAUGGCUCAGUACGAUACACGCAUCAGCUUUGCCUGUUAAAGUGGAUAAGUGAAAGAGGGUCAUGGACCUGUGAACUCUGCUGUUACAGAUACCAUGUUAUAGCCAUUAAAAUGAAAAAGCCUUGUCAGUGGCAAAGCAUUACUAUAACACUGGUUGAGAAAGUGCAGAUGGUUGCUGUAAUCCUAGGAUCUCUGUUCUUAGUAGCAAGUGUGACUUGGCUUCUAUGGUCAGCCUUCAGCCCUUAUGCAGUAUGGCAAAGAAAGGACAUCCUUUUUCAAAUCUGCUAUGGAAUGUAUGGUUUUAUGGAUCUAGUAUGCAUAGGACUGAUAGUCCAUGAAGGUGCAUCUGUUUAUCGAGUGUUUAAGCGCUGGAGGGCUGUGAAUCUACACUGGGAUGUGUUAAAUUAUGAUAAAGCCACGGACAUAGAAGAGAGCAAUCGAGGAGAAUCCUCAGCAGGGAGGACAUUGUGGCUGCCACUGACUGCAUUUAGAAACAGAAGUUUAGUUCAUCCGACACAGUUAACCUCACCGAGAUUUCAGUGUGGCUAUGUGUUGUUACACCUGUUCAACCGCAUGAGACCUCAGGAGGAUUCAUCAGAGGAUAACUGCUCUGGGGAAGUAGUGAUGAGAGUGACCUCAGUGUAAAGAUUGUGUUCACUGUGCUGCACAGAUAAAGAUAAUGUGCCCUGGUGUUACAGGACUUUGGAAUGUAGUUAUGAUGAAUGGCGAAACCAUUAA